CAUGGCUAAGCUAAGCUAAGCUGGAAUCAACUAGCUAACUCACUAAUCGGUUACCUAGCAACUCGCUCAUUCUUUGGUUACCUAGCAACAAGCUGUUGAACACAUGCAGCAGCAGUUUCUGGUUCCCACAAACUGAGGAUCAAACCUGAAGUUUCUGCCAGCAGUUUGGUUUUUUCAGAUGUUUAAAACAAAACACCGAUCAAUAGUUAUCAAUAUCAACUGAUACGAAACGCUGAUAGAAGUUUUUCUGCCAUAUUGUCCAGCCCUGCCUGGACCCACUGCGAUGUUUCACCUGCUGCACUGAAGGAAGUGACGCAAUCAUCCGGAAAGGAAAUACAUCUCCAAGGAAAACACACGCCACACUUGUCAGUUUUUCAGUGGACAACCAGUGUGGCGCUAACACUGUGGAAGUUGAAGGGGUGUGAAUACUUUCCCGCGCAGCGCAGAGUCUAUUUAAGGAGCUGCAGCGCCACGCCUCCCUGCUGGAUCCGCUCCUCCAGCUCCGCUAGCUGCGCUGCUGCACAGCGGCUUCACCAUCCAGGACGGGCGGAUCGGAACCAGCAGCAGCAGCGACCGGACCCGAACCGGGACCCAGAGAGGCAGAGGGAGGGGGGAGAAUGUGACAACUGCUGGAGGCUGCACCGCCUUUAGGGAGGCCUCGGCUCUUGCACCUGUCCCUCUCCGUCUCCGCGACCAGGCGCAGUUCGGGCAGAGCGACGCUCCUUUCUUACCGGGGCGGCGCUCACACACACACGGACAGCCGGAGGGAGGCGCGCACACCGCCGCAGACACCGGCCAGGCAGCAGGCAGGCAGGCAGGCAGCAUGACUUCAGCCUACAACCUGGAUUUUCUGCCCGAUAUGAUGGUGGAGAGCCGCCUGCUCGUCCCUGGAGACAGAAUCAACGGCACGGCCGGGAAGAUGAACGGGGCGCUGGAGCAUUCGGACCAGCCGGACCCGGACGCCAUCAAGAUGUUUGUGGGUCAGAUCCCGCGCUCCUGGUCGGAGAAGGAGCUGAAGGAGCUGUUUGAGCCGUACGGCGCCGUUUACCAGAUCAACAUCCUCCGGGACCGCAGCCAGAACCCUCCACAGAGCAAAGGCUGCUGUUUUGUCACGUUUUACACAAGGAAAGCUGCCCUUGAAGCCCAGAAUGCACUGCAUAACAUAAAGACCUUAACAGGGAUGCAUCACCCUAUUCAGAUGAAACCUGCAGACAGUGAGAAAUCUAAUGCUGUUGAAGACAGGAAGCUGUUCAUCGGCAUGGUGUCGAAGAAGUGCAACGAGAACGACAUCCGGGUCAUGUUCUCCGCGUUCGGCCAGAUCGAGGAGUGCCGGAUCCUCCGGGGGCCCGACGGGCUCAGCAGAGGUUGUGCGUUUGUCACGUUUUCCACCAGAGCCAUGGCACAGAAUGCAAUCAAAGCCAUGCACCAGUCUCAGACCAUGGAGGGCUGCUCGUCUCCCAUCGUGGUGAAGUUCGCCGACACGCAGAAGGACAAGGAGCAGCGGCGUCUGCAGCAGCAGCUGGCGCAGCAGAUGCAGCAGCUCAACAGCGCAACCACCUGGGGGAGCCUGACGGGCCUGGGCGGCCUCACCCCGCAGUACCUGGCUGUAAGAGCCGCCGCCGCCGCGUCGCCCGCCUCCAUCAUCACCUCCUCCUCCUCCGUCUCACCCUGCAGCCACGUGGCCAGCGCAGCCACACUGCUGCAGCAGGCCGCCUCCUCCGGCAACCUGGGAGCCUUCAGCGGGAUCCAGCAGAUGGCCGGUAUGAGCGCUCUGCAGUUGCAGAACUUGGCCACUUUAGCGGCAGCGGCGGCGGCGGCCCAAAACUCAGCCAGCCCCUCCACCGCAAACCCCCUGUCCUCCAGCGCCGCCUCCCUGGGAGCGUUGGCCAGCCCAGCAGCAGGCACAACGGCCAGCUCCAACGCCAGUGCCAUGAACUCUCUGACCUCUCUGGGUACCCUGCAGGGCCUGGCAGGCGCGACUGUUGGCCUGAACAACAUUAAUGCACUAGCAGGUAGCAUCAACAGUAUGGCGGCUCUAAACGGAGGCCUGGGCGGCGCAGGGCUCACCAACGGCACGGCAGGCACCAUGGACGCGCUGACGCAGGCCUACUCAGGGAUCCAGCAGUACGCCGCCGCAGCGCUGCCCACCCUCUACAGCCAGUCCCUGCUGCAGCAGCAGGGGGCCGCCGGCAGCCAGAAGGAGGGGCCUGAAGGUGCCAACCUCUUCAUCUACCACCUGCCCCAGGAGUUCGGAGACCAGGACUUGCUGCAGAUGUUCAUGCCUUUCGGAAACGUGGUCUCCGCCAAAGUCUUCAUCGACAAACAGACAAACCUUAGCAAGUGCUUUGGCUUCGUCAGCUACGACAAUCCGGUGUCGGCACAGGCAGCCAUUCAGGCCAUGAACGGCUUCCAGAUCGGCAUGAAGCGGCUGAAGGUGCAGCUGAAGCGCUCCAAGAACGACAGCAAACCUUACUGAUCUUAGCACUAGCUCUGUCCGCUCCCCCAGUUAGCACUGCUAGGGUAAGUCUCCCUCCCCCCAUUUAAAAAAGAGCAAAAGUGAUGGUUACAAAAGUUCAUUGAAAAUAAAGCGAGCCAUGGCCUGUAGGGGGCCUGGGGGGGUCGGGGUGAGCAGAGGGGUUGUGGGAGGUAGGGGGAGAUGACCUUCAACCACCUGAGGGAGACGCACUUUUCUUUCUUGGUUCUGUUUGAAGAUUUCUAUGUAAGCCUUCAACUAUUAUUAUUUAUUACAGCUUUUGACACACAUGAACACUUCCAUUUCUGCCAUUACUUUGUGCAAUCUAUUUUUCUUUCUCUUUACAAUGGAAGACAGUUGUUUUUUUUUAAAGAAUAGCUUCUUUAAACUUUAAUUUUAUUCUUUUGCGUUGAUUAUUUAUACAUUUUUAAAGACUAGUUUGAGUGGAAAGUCGAGACAAAGGAGCCGUUAUUCUUUAGUUUUCUGUUUUGAACUCGAAGGCUGUGAUGGGCUCAUUUUUCAAAAUUUUCUCUCUUUUUUUUUUACGCGCUCGCCAAUAUGCACAUUCGCCCUUUGACCUCCACGGUGUUGGUUGCAGGCCGCCGCUGCUUCUCAGAAAAACCCCUUGAUGCCUGCUGGCAACCCGGGAGCAAAGGCUGCAAAACAUUCGUGGCCUCUUAACUGUAAAGUUACACUCUUACCACCACAAGAAGACAAAAAAAAAAUACACAAAAUCCAGCUGAACAUGAUCAUUUAUGUACAAAUACAGUUUUUCUUAUUUCACAGAAGUUUAAAACAAAUGUUCUUACUUUUCUGGGUCGGAUCACAUUGGUCUUUUAUGUGAAAAGAUUAUAACAGCAUGUAGAUUUGAGAAAAAAAACAACUAAAUCCAGAAUUUGUGGAAGGAAAUAAUAGUAGUAAAAAAAUAAGUUUAUGGGUUAAAGGGGCGGGUAUCUGAAAAUACUUGAGGUUUGUUGACAGAUUUAAAAAAAUAAAUAAUUCAAAGUACAGUAAAGCCACAGGCCUGUAAAUUUUAUUUGUAAAAAAGCAGUUCUAUUUUUAUACAACAUUUUUACUGCCUCAGAUGAAGAAAAAAUGAUUUUAUUUAUUGCCUAUCGUUAAGUUAUUGGACUCCGAUAAAGUAAACGGCAUCGCUCAACUCGACCCUGUGGAGAAACCUGCUGGAUGUCCCCGCUGUCUUUCCGUUUUUAACCCCUGUCACGCCAGUGUUUGGUGACUUCUUGUGCAGAAUCCAUCAGCCCCUCUCAACCCGCCGUCUCUGUGACCGUCAUCCAUCUUUACGUUCUUCUCCAUUUGUUUUAAACGUUUAAUUUUUACGUGUUUUUGUCCGUCUGUCCCCCCCUCCCGCCUGUAAAAUUACAAAUAAAUUGCUAAAAUAAAGUAAAGCCUCGCUCCCCAAACGACACCAUCCAUCUGGGACGUGAUGGAUACGGCUUUGGGUGUGAAUGUUGCUCGUGAAUAUAGAUCUAUAACAUUAACGUCAGUUUUCCAGUGUAAAGAAAUGUAAAGCUAAUGCUAAACCUGCAGUGUGUUGUGUUGCUGUUUACCGGUUGGUUUGUUUGUUUGUUGUUGUUUUCCUUUGGUUUCUUUAAGAUGAUGCUGUUGUGGUGUGCUGCUCUGGCUCUCUGUGUGUAACUCUCUCCUCUCCCGUUUUUUCUUUCCCCCUUUUAGAACAACCCAUCUCCAUGCCUGUUAGUUCAUCGUUUGCCUAGCAUGUCUUCGUGGCGUCCAAAAAAAACAAACAAAAAAAACUUUAAACAAAAAAAACAAACAAAAAAAGCGUCCUCCUCCUCCUCUUCCUCCUCCUCCCCGUCAUUGUUUCUCUGAUGUCUUUUCCGAGCUCACCUGAUCAUAACCUGGUUCUCCUCCACCGCUGCCUACUGAUCUUUUCAGCUUUUAGCUUUUUGGACUUUUAGAUAUCAGUUUUAUGUUUUUGUGUUUCUUUUUCUUUUUGCAUGUUGACCUCAUUUGGAUUUUAGGGAGGCGUGGGUAAGAAAAUGAACUAAUGUGAAUUCAUAUGAAAUUUAACUAAAAAGACUGAGAUUUUUAUUGAACAAAUGUUCGUUUUGAGGUAAAAAAAA